AUGUACGGUCCUACACCACGAUUGGUACGAUUUGGUGUCUCAAUUCCAAGGCGACAGCUCCUUCGAUCUAAGUCGUACUAUCUAAGCGAGAAAUGGAUGAAGGAACCGUUCGAAAUUGGAUAUCCAGUAAGUACAUCGCAGGUUAAAGAAGAUUCUAAAUUAUUAAGGCAGAAGCUAUUUCCAGCCACAUGCCUUACGGAAUAUGAUCACUUCGUUCAAGACUCAAAUCAUGAGUUUAAACUCGACGAAUGGAAUCAAUUAGAUAGUGACCAAAUAUAUAAAUAUCAGAAAAUGGUGGAUGAUGAUAAACCCCAAUAUGUCCAUCCGAAGCCUCAAUAUGCUACAGGGUUCGAAUUAUUCAAGAUUGAGCUGCAAUUGAAUAGACAUGAAAAGAAAUAUUGGUCAAUGCUAAGUAGUAGAGAUAAAGAAGGAUAUUAUGACAGCCAAAUCAUUGAACAUUUAUAUAAUGAAAGGUUAAGAAUAUGGAUGGGUUAUGAAAUUGUCGCAUAUCUUAAGAGAAACCUGUCUAAAUAUAUGUUCAAUCCGUACCCUCUACUGGGACUCUACCCCUGGGAGAUAAUAAAAGAUAAGCUUCGUGUUAAAGGAGAUAUUUAUGACUUUGAAAAGGACUACUACGAUACGUUGAUAAAGGAGACAUUCGGCAGAAAUUCACAAAGAAAAGCAUUACAGAUAUAUUAUACCGAUAUACUACAUGAAAUAGACGACGACAACUUUUAUUAUGCAAAGGUUGAAAGGAUGUUCAACAACUUACCUCCUCCUAAAAAGCAAUACUAUCUAGAAAAAGAGCGUAAAAGACAAGAGCACGCAAUGAAGAUAAGGCUUCGACCAUAUAAACAUAAAACUCCCUAUCUGAGGUUCCUUAUUCAAUUCAGUAAAACAUAUGAACCAACAAAUGAGGAGUUAAACGGUCUUAAUUCAAACGCAUCUAAAAACAAUAUGCAAAAACUAGCUACAACUAAAGCAGCAGCCAGAGAGUGGAAAACUUUCACAGAAGAAGAGAAAAAACUUUACGAGGAUGUUGAUAAAAUAUCAUCAAAUACAAGACUCUAUAAGGAGAUGAUCCUCGAUUGGAAAGUAGAAAUGGUCAUGGAUUAUAUUUAUGAGAUGGGUGGUGUGUACGGGUUACACUCAUCGUACAACUGGAGAGAAGAUAUGCAUGAAAAGAUAAACGGUUAUAGAUACUUGAACAGGAUGUAUGUGGAUAAGCUAGUCUAUCUACAUAAGGGUAAUUUAGUGGUUACAAGGGAUUAA